CUCGUUUGUUACGCACAUAAACCUCACCGCACCUCGAAUCACUUCCUCCACCUCGCCGUUCGCUCAGGACUCGACAUUGCUACCUAGGUACUCCGUAUAUCCACCAACCUCCAACAUGAAGGUCCCCCGAACUCUUGCCGCUGCCGCUCUCGUGGCCGGCGCCUGGGCACAAAGUGCAAGCAUCACCGCGCCUCCAUCCACCUCUUCCAAGGCCCCGGGAGACAGCAACGCCAUCACAACUUCCGUACUGUGGGCCGCCGACGGCCCGUUCCAGUCCGUCCCUGGGGUUGAUCUGCCAUCCGACGAUAUCACCCUAGUUGGUAGCAUAGUUACAGUAAACCCCUCUGGCACCGUCGUACACAUCGAUUGCCCUUACCCGAAAACCGCCGCCAACGCCGAUGACGUUUGCAGCUUCUUCAGCUCCCUCAGCUAUACCCUCAAGCCAAGCUACGAGGCCAUUCAUAUCGAUUUCUCCCUUUCAACCCGCCUGUACGGCGUGGGAGCUUCCAUCGGAGGCAUUGGAGAUAGCGUAUGUACCAGCACGAACACCCAGAGCUUGAACUGUGCAGCCACCAUGACUGCGCGCGUCUCGGCCGAAGGCACCAAGACGGAGUCUGUCACCUCGUCCACAUUCACUCUCGCGGAUCCGACAUACACAGCACUCACCAUCACCGGAGGUCUGGACAAAACCCGCGCCGUCCCACAAGGGACACAACCGACUGGCGCUGCUGGUAGCCUCCGAGCUCGCACACUCUUUGGCGCCGCCGGUGCUGUUGCUGCUGCCGCAUUGGCCCUUUGAGACGAGCGGUAUUCAGCGCUUCGUUCCGACAGUCAAGAAUUCUCUGUCUGCGAUUGCGGGUAUUACAUGGGUUGCGUCUCUGGUAUUUAAUUCACCCGUAGAUCCGUUGUAGUUCACCAUUGGAUACCCCUGAUUUGCAUCCUUCCUUCAAUACCUGUCGGUUCCAUUGUACUUCACAAAGUCAUGUGAAGCCACGCCAAUGCUCUUUUGUACAUAGGAGAGGGACUACAGCUACGGCCGACCGUAUGAUAUAUCCUUGGAUUAUAUACCUUUUUCUCUGUUGGCCUACAAUAAUAUACAUAUCUCUUAGGCGAAACAGCAGCCUCCUCAAACGCAC